AUGUUAAAUUUAGGGAAGACAUCUGAACAAGUCGAAUGCUGGGCCUGUUGGGAAACAAUAAAUACAACUGUUAUUUAUCGUAAUGGUAGUAAAGCGAAAAGAAUGUUUAUUGGCUGUGGAAUAUGCACUGUGCUGGGACUACUUUUUGCCGGUUGUAUGGGUUAUUUACAAAAAGAUGAAGGCGUAAUAUUAAUGAUAUAUACAAUGGAAAAACAACAGUUACAAAAGGAAGGAUUGAACGAACAAGAAAUCGAGCAACAUUUAAUAACAGAAGAUAUAAACGUGGAACAAUUUGUAUUAAUAAAAAGACUUCUCAGAGGUGCUCUAUUUGUCGGAGUUCUUUUGCUUCUUUGUUGUGUUGGAUGUCUAACGUGCACGCAGCUUACAUCUAAAAUGAAAGAUAUAUUUCAUUUAUGUCCGAAUUGCCAUCAAGAAGUGGGAAAGUAUGUUCACGGUGUACCAAGUGCUGAGGCAACAACAUCAACUACAGUCUCACAGUUAGAUCAAAUUUCACCUCCAUUUAAAAGUCCGGGAUCAACAGUGUAG